AUGGUGGGCACGUUGACGGUACGACUAGUUGGCUUCACCUCAGAACAAUCGCUCCGAUUGUCCGCUUGCCUGAACUUGCUCGGCCUGACAAUUGGCGUCUUCUGGUCGCCGGGCCGGUCUUCGGCCCGACGGCUCGAUCGGGUCAGCCUCACUUACCUCCUCCCGUAC